AUGGAGUUAGCUUCCUUCCUUGGUAGAGCUCUGUUCGUUUCCGUCUUUCUUCUCUCCGCAUGGCAAGAGUUCAGUGACUUUGGCGAUGAUGGAGGUCGAUCAGCUAAAUCUUUGAAACCAAAAUUCAAUGCCUUUGUAAACCAUGUGGCAACUCACACUGGCCAGCAAUUGCCACCAGUCGAUAUGAAGAUUCUUGUUGCUGCUGCUAUAGCCUUGAAAGGUGUAGGUGGACUAUUGUUCGUCUUGGGCAGCUCCUUGGGAGCUUAUCUCUUGCUUCUGCAUCAAGCCGUUGCCACUCCGAUUCUGUAUGAUUUCUACAACUAUGAUGUUGACAAAAAGGAAUUCAGCCUACUCUUUUCAAAGUUUACUCAGAGCUUGGCACUCCUUGGGGCACUGCUCUUCUUCAUUGGAAUGAAGAACUCGAGGAGACACAGUAGGCAACUCCGGAAGAAGGCUCCAAAAGCUAAAGCAAACUGA